AAUCGUGCGCCAAUAUGGCGUUUGACAGUUGGCGAAAUAGAACCCGAUCACGACACGCUGCUACGUGCUUUGGAAACGUGAAUUGUUCCGAUUUGAUCUGUUUUAUCUGAGUUCUUUUCUCGAUAGAAUUGCAUUAGUUCAUAAAUAAACGCGAUCAUUAGAUAUCAAUAAGAAAUCACACAGGGACAUGAUCUAUUCGUAUGGGAUAUCAAUAUGGCUCACCGAGUUCUUCGAAGGUAUCCCAGAACGAUGAUUAAUCGUUUCCGUGAGGUAACGCAGAAAUUUGAGUACCUCCUUGUAAUGGACUUUGAGGCCACGUGCGAGAAGAAUCAGGUACUCAACCCACAAGAAAUCAUUGAGUUACCAUGCGCGGUACUGUCCACUUGUGAUUGGAAACUGAAGGAUGUGUUUCAUACCUAUGUAAAACCGAGAGUCCACCCUACCCUCACGCCAUACUGCACAGAAUUAACUGGAAUCAUGCAGGAGACUGUGGACAAUCAACCAUAUUUCGUGGACGUGUUCUCAAAAUUCUGCGAAUGGUUAACUAAGGAAGGAUACUUCGACACACCUGAAAAAAGCUCAUUCGUCACUUGCGGUAAUUGGGAUUUAAAGAUCAUGUUGCCAAGUCAGUGCGAAUUGGACGGCAUUAUUCUACCGGAUUAUUUUAAACAAUGGAUAGAAUUAAAGCACACGUUUAGCGAAUCCACCGGAUAUUAUCCAAGGAGCUUAAAGAACAUGCUUGCGCGAUUGAAUCUUCCGUUAAAAGGACGUUUGCAUUCGGGCAUCGACGACGUGUAUAAUAUAAUUUCGAUAAUACUAGCUUUGAAAGAAAGAUACAACACACAGUUCAAAAUUACCUCGUCGUUAGCAACUUCUGCAAUAAACUUAAACAAUUACAAUCAAAUUGAAGUAAGGAGAAAUGUAUUGAAUAAAGAAAUGUGAUAGUUUGUUAAAAAUUAGGCUUGCAUUCAUAAAAUCUCUUUUGUAAAAUUCUUCAAUUAUGAUAAUUACAUAAAUAAAUAUCGUGAUU